AUGACGGUCAUGGCUGCAAGCAGUACUAAUAUACUGAGUUCUGCUCCAGAAGUUGGUAGCUGGGCGGAGGCAGUGGAACAAGACAAUCUGCCGAGCAAUGAUGUGAACGAGGAUGGCGUGAAAACGGUCGUCGCCUACAUUGAGGAGGAUGGAUCGCGGUAUAAGGUUGUCACUCAAUUCAAAGUCAUCACCAAGAAUGUGCCAAAAGUUGUAGCUGAACGUAAGAAAAUGGCGAAAUUCGGACUUUGCCGCGACGAACCUCCUGGCCCACAGGUUUCCACAACAUACGUUGCGGAAGAGGUGGAGAUGCAGUUCACUAGAAACCGCGCUGGCGAACAGAUUCUGGACGUCCAGGAAGAUAAGCAAGCGGCUAAAGUCACGAGCAGAGAACACUGUCGUCAUUGCAAAGGAAAUGAUCACUGGAGUACAAACUGUCCAUAUAAGGAGAUGUACCAAGUCGAUGAAGAGAUUGAUGCCGCCGAAACUGCCGAGAAGGAGCGCGCAGCAGCUGCUGCUGGCGGUCGGUAUAUCGCUCCGGGAAUGCGUGGAGAUGCCCGACAAGUAGAUAGACGGUCCGAUGAGAAUACCUGUAGAGUGACGAACCUUCCUCAAGAAAUGGAAGAAGCUGAACUUCGAGAACUGUUCGCUGCCAUUGGAAGAGUGGUGCGUGUGUUUAUCGCCAGAGAUAAGAUUACUAAUCAACCCAAAGGAUUCGCUUUUGUUACGUACGAAAUGCGAGAGGAUGCCGAACGAGCUAUAGCGAAAUUAAAUGGCAUACGAAAACAUCAUAUGGUCCUGAAGGUUGAAUGGACUAGGCAAAAAGACAAAGCUGUUCACCUAGGGUUGGAGGAAGCGGGAGCAGGUUACAUGGGGCUCCUGUCUAUACUACGGAAGCAAAGGGAACGAGAACGUGAGAUUCGAGUAUUGAUUCUAGGUCUUGACAAUGCAGGCAAGACCACAAUUACUAAGAAGUUUCUCGGUGAAGAUCUGAGCUUGGUGGAGCCCACACUUGGUACAAGAUUCAACAUAAAGACUGUGGACUUCCAAGGUUUCACGAUAAACUUUUGGGAUGUUGGUGGGCAGAAAAGUCUACGUUCAUAUUGGCGAAAUUACUUCGAGCAAACGGACGCGCUUAUUUGGGUUAUUGAUUCCGGAGAUCAAGAGCGACUGCUUGCAUGCAGAAAUGAGCUGAGAUCACUUCUGGGAGAAGAACGGCUCUCGGGAGCAUCGUUACUGGUUCUGGCCAAUAAACAAGACCUGCCCAGUGCAGCACGUGUAGCUGACAUCGCCAAGGUAUAUAUUUUCCAGGUCUUGAUCUACAAACAGCAUUUACACCGUUAUUUUUCUUUACCGACCCACACCUUUGCAUUCGAGUAUUCUUUUUCUGCUCUUUUACUUUCGUAG